UUGACCUCCAGGGCAAUGUUCACAGGCGGGAUGAGAGAAGCCAGCCAAGAUGUGAUCGAACUGAAAGGUGUAUCUGCAAAAGGACUGAAACACAUAAUAGACUUUGCGUACAGCGCUGAAGUGACUCUUGAUCUCGACUGUAUUCAGGACGUGCUGGGAGCUGCCGUCUUCCUCCAGAUGGUGCCUGUCGUGGAGCUCUGCGAAGAAUUUCUGAAGUCUGCCAUGAGCGUCGAAACGUGUCUUAAUAUCGGGCAGAUGGCCACCACCUUUAGCCUCGCAUCCUUGAAGGAAUCGGUAGAUGCAUUCACUUUUAGGCAUUUCCUCCAGAUCUCUGAGGAAGAGGAUUUCCUCCACCUGCCGCUGGAGCGCCUUGUUUUCUUCUUGCAGAGCAAUAAGCUGAAAAGCUGCAGUGAAAUAGACCUCUUCCGUGCCGCCGUCCGCUGGCUGCAGUAUGACCCGACCCGCCGUGCCAAUGCCAGCCAGGUCCUCUGCCACAUCCGUUUCCCGCUGAUGAAGUCCUCGGAGCUGGUGGACAGCGUCCAGACCUUGGACAUCAUGGUGGAAGAUGUCUUGUGCCGGCAGUAUUUGCUGGAAGCGUUCAACUACCAGAUCCUGCCCUUUCGUCAGCAUGAGAUGCAGUCCCCUCGGACCACCAUCCGCUCGGAUGUCCUGUCCUUCAUCACCUUCGGUGGCACUCCCUACACCGAUAACGACCGCACUGUGAGCUGCAAAGUCUACUACCUGCCGGAUGCCAGCGUGCGCCAGUUUAAGGAGCUGACGGAAAUGGAGGUGGGCAGCAGCCACUCCUGCGUGGCCGUGCUCGACAACUUUGUCUACAUCGUAGGAGGGCAGCACCUGCAGUACCGGAGCGGCGAGGGAGCUGUGGAUAUCUGCUACCGUUACGAUCCGCACCUGAACCAGUGGCUGCGCAUCCAGGCCAUGCAGGAGAGCAGGAUCCAGUUCCAACUCAAUGUCCUCCAUGGCAUGGUGUAUGCCACCGGUGGGAGGAACCGAUCAGGGAGCUUGGCUUCCGUAGAGAAGUAUUGCCCCAAAAAUAACGAGUGGACUUACGUGUGCUCCCUGAAACGCAGGACGUGGGGGCAUGCUGGAGCCACGGUAGGUGACAAAUUGUACAUAUCAGGUGGGUAUGGCAUUUCAGUGGAAGACAAAAAAGCCCUGCACUGUUACGACCCCGCCGUGGAUCAGUGGGAGUUUAAAACCCCGAUGAACGAACCCAGAGUUCUGCACGCCAUGGUCAGUGCAAAUAACAGGAUUUAUGCUCUGGGAGGCCGCAUGGACCAUGUUGACCGUUGUUUUGAUGUUUUGGCUGUGGAAUAUUAUGUGCCUGAAACAGACCAAUGGACAACGGUGAGCCCUAUGCGUGCAGGUCAGUCGGAAGCUGGCUGUUGUUUACUAGAAAAAAAGAUUUAUAUCGUAGGAGGGUACAAUUGGCAUCUGAACAAUGUUACAAGCAUUGUGCAGGUGUAUAACACAGAAACUGAUGAAUGGGAGAGGGACCUACAUUUUCCAGAAUCUUUUGCUGGGAUAGCAUGCGCUCCUGUUAUACUACCGCAGGUAACGACCCAGAGAUAACUACGUGCGAAGGCGUCGGCCCG